AUAUUUUUUUACAAAAGCAAUUUGAAUGCUAUAUUUAGAGAGCAGAUGCAUGUUUAUAGUCAUAUCUAUCACACCAGCAGGUCACCCCAAUGGAAUUUAUGGUAAUAUCAUGUUUUUAUGCUUACAAGAAACACUUCUUUUACAAUCCCAGUGGCUCAGUGGAGGGUGCUGGGUGAGUUACGUGAUCAGGAGCUUUCAGGUUUGAAUCCUGGUCAUGCUGAGUUGUCAUUGUUGGCUUGGGGGCCCACAGGGAGCUUUGCAUUGGCAAGGGAAUCCAUUAUACUAGCUAUUCAAAUGGUUCUAGAGAGCAUCCCAUAUUCAAGUACAGGCCAGAGUUAUGUUUGAAAGAGGACGUUUGAACUGUAUAUUCAUCCAUGCUGCACACACCUACUGUAGAAACACAGGCCUGUGAUUUUCCAGUCAGCCAACAUAACAGCAGCUCUAGCUAGCCCGGACCAAUUAACAUUUCUCAAACUCUGACAGGUCUGUUACCCGUGGUCACUCCUCAGUACAGGACAGGAUAUGUCAUAAGAGCACACUAGCACCCUUUCCACAGGAAACAGUGUAACCUACAUCACUGACUGUUACAUAUACGCAAACGGGAAUGUGUGGUCACUUGUGUGCUUGUUUUGUUUGAGGUUUUUUUUGAGUUUUUUUGGUGUAAAAAAGAUUUCACGAGUAAAGGCCGUGUGACAGAAUGGCUUGGUGGGAUGACGUCACCAGACCAGGAAAUAGACUCGCAGGCGAAGUACUGCAGGGGAGGACAAGAGGUGGCUGCAUACAAUGCCAGCAGACCCGGUCUCUGCAGUUGGCUGUCAAGGUGUUAUAUGGCUUCUUUGCUUUUCUUAUUAUUGCUGUUGCCGUUCUUGCAUCUUUAGUAUUCAGGAAAGUCGACUCUUUAUCAGAAGACCUCAACAGAACCGAAUCUCUUUAUGACAAAAAAGUCACUACAGUUCAGGAAAGAAUUAAAGGACUGGAUCACAAAUCCUCCAGUAACUGCACAGACUGUCAUGACAUCACCCAGUUUGGGCAGGAGAUUAAGAAGCUACAAGGAGAGUUUGAAGAGAUUCAAAAAAUGAUUUUGGUUCAAGAACAGUCCCUGGACCAAGCAGCCAAGACUCAACAAAGUCUCACUUACUCAAAUAGCAAAUUUGCUCGUGACAUCCAAAAUUAUUCAUUCUCUAUUAAGCUGAUCAACCAAUCCUUGGAAAGAUACUUGGAGCAAGUCCAUGGUUGGCAGAUCGUUAUAACUGAAACUGAUGAAUCAAUGAAAUCAUUGGUCCAGGACCAAUACGAUUUACGGGCCGCAGUUCAACAAAUCAAUUCCACAGUUGGGCUGAGCUCUUCAUGGAUCAAUGGCAUUCAGAGGAAGACGGAUGAAGAAACAUUGGUUUUACAGAAAAUUGUGACAGAAUGGCAGAAUUACAGCAAAAUACUGGGCGCUAUAAGGUCUUCCUCUGGCAAGACCAAUGAUAUGGUAAGAAGUAUUCAAAAUGGCAUUUCAACCACACUGCAACGCAUCAGUCUCAACUCUGACACCAUGCAUGACCUUGUCUUGCAAGUAAUGAACUUGCAGAUGCAGCUUGAUAACAUCUCUUCCUUUGUGGACGAGCACGAGGAAAACAUGCAAGACUUCCAUUACCAUUCAAAAUACUAUGAAAACAGAACCAGUGAGAGGUUUGAAACACUCGAGGGCCGAAUGACCUCCCAUGAAAUGGAAAUAGGUACCAUCUUCGCCAAUAUCAAUGCCACAGAUAACCAUGUGCACAGAAUGCUGAAGUACAUUGAUGAUGUGAGAGUGUCCUGCGCUGCUGGGCUGAGCACCCAUGGAGAGGAACUACAGUAUCUAAAUAAUACAAUCCAUCUGAUGAUUUACACAGCAGAUUUGUUGAGACAAAGGUACAGCCUGUUGGAUGCAAGACUAGAUUUUGAGAUAAGGAAUCUAUCAAUGGUUAUGGAAGAAAUGAAACUGGUGGACAUAAAGCAUGGACAGAUAAUCAAGAACUUCACCAUUUUGAAAGGUUUGCCAGGGCCACCAGGUCCAAAAGGAAAUAGAGGAGAAGCUGGACCCAAGGGGCCUGUUGGAUUUACAGGACGCAAAGGGGAUGUGGGGCCUUCAGGACCCCGUGGGCCACAGGGCCAGAGAGGCUAUCUUGGUCCACCAGGUCCCCCAGGAGAAGCUGGUCCUCCAGGGAUUAAAGGCAGCCCAGGCAUCAAGGGAGUAAAAGGAUCUUUAGGACAACCAGGUGCAACAGGAGAAAGCGGACAAAAGGGUGACAUGGGGCCACCAGGUCAUGAUGGACUGCCUGGUUCAAAAGGACCAUCAGGAAUACAAGGACAGACAGGUCUGCCAGGAAUUCAUGGACUUCCAGGUCCCAAAGGACAGCAAGGCCCCCCUGGACCACCCGGGCCUCCCGGGCCACCAGGAGCCCCGGCUCAAUGAGCAAUAAAACAUGAAAUUAAACACUUACAACAAUGGAGGACACCUUCCAUUAUGUUAAUAUGAAAAGGGAAACAAGAAAUACUGAAAGCCAUCUGGCAAAUAAAACUAUAAUAUAACUACUAACCAUGGGACACUGAAUUUUAGAAUUACAAAGUGGGAGAAAGAAACUAAGGAAUAACCCAUUAUGACAUAUUGUUUUGAUAAAGAAAAAGGUCAUAAUAGCUUGUUUAUCUUAAACCCAGUUUUGACUAAAUCAGGUCAUGUUGCUUAUAUUCAGUAUUGUUACACAAAAAAUAAAUCAGUACUAGUAUUGGAUUUUAGGUUUAGAACUGUACAUUUUCAUCUGUAACAUUUGUUUUAAAAGGCUGUCAUGUCUCACUCGCUUUUUAUCAAGCCUAACAAUAUUUUAGCUUAAAUAUUUGUAAGUCUUGCGCAAACUGCUACUAAUAUCAAAAGAUACACCACAACAUGUUUAACAUUUCGUAGUAUGCACAUCAUAGGAACGGACAUAAAAAGUUACUCUACAAAAAGUUUGAUCUCAUAUUACUUUAAUUUCCAUAACACCUACUAUUAAUAAUUAUGGUACUACUAUUAGUAAUUAUGGUAAUACAAGAGUUUUACGUCUAACUUUGAAAGAUCACUUAAACACUUUAUAGUUGUUUGCUUCACAUUUUGUACCAAGAACAUUGAAAGUAGAAGCUAAUUAGAGACAGUAAAAUGCUUUGCAAACAUGCCCCAUGAGGUCAAGAGAGAAUGCCUUGACUAUCACAUGAUUAAAAUACUUAGUGGACAUAUGAGAUCUGUGAACCACAAAAGAUUUUGGAAAAAAAAUAUCCUUCAUAUAGAGAUACCAAUACAUUACUAUGAGCUCCCCAAUAUAGCAAAACAAAUGCAAAAUCUAAUCAUCUAGUUUCUAGGUAAACUGUUCUGUAUGCUUGUUUAACAUUGCUAACUUCCUUUUACAAAUGUAAAAGUCAUGCAUUAAUGGAUUGUUGAUUAACUCUUAUUCUCAUCUUCCAAUAGCAUACAGUGUAUACAGCAAGUGAGCUAGAUACUCAGAGCAGGUACUCUGAAUAAAAGUAGUUAUCGAGGAAGUUACCUUUAUAUUGCUUGACCAAAGAUGACAUUUUAUAAUCAAGUAACAAACGCAUUUCAACCAACUUUAAAAUAAAUUGAAUUAAAGAAACAAAAAGGUACAGAAUUAUUUCAAGAGUCUAUGUAAAAAUCUCAGGUACUUUACUUGCCUCUCGUAUUUUAAUAUGAAGGGUAGUGAUUAGGGUCGUUUCAGAAAGUGGAGGUGCUUGGGUGCACAGGCUCUUUUUAGAAAUAAUGUUUUGGAGAUUGUAAAGCAUCUUUGUAUCAUGCCUGACUGCUCCAGUAACAAAAUGCCAAAUAUCUUUAGUAUAAGUAUAAAGCCUUUACAUUUUAACAUUUCAUAUUAAACUCCUGGUAUAUUCUUAAACUGCUAAGAGGAAAAGGGAGAACAUUCACAAAUCCAGUGAAAGGUUGGGCUGAGAGACCUAAAUCAGACCACUACUUUCAUAGACUUGCACCAUCACUCACAUGUCUGUACAAUAUGUCAUUCUUUGUUCUGGUUAAUGUUCACUAAUAUUCAAUUCACUAUGUUAAUAUUUUACCUUGAAGGUAGCUCUCACUAUACAAGUGAAUUGCUUGUUAAAACUACCCAUUAGGUACUGUAAUGCUUUUUGCACCUACUGACAUUUUUUUUUUCUACUUUUUUCAACUAUUGUACAAAGUAUCAUAGGAAAAUUUAACAUUUUUGUAAAACAAAAAAAAACAUACUACUGCAAAAUAUUGUAAGGUUAUACUGUAUGCUGUCCCUGUAUCUAUGCAACUGGCUUGCAUAAUUUAGUAAUAAAGGCAUUUAAACCUAGAAAUGUUUAUUUACUGAUUGUGAUAUUGUAUUAUUUUCACUGGCUUUAUUACAGUAUAUUCCAAAUGCAUGAACAAUAUAACAAAAAAAAAAACAUGAGGCAUUACAGAUAUCUUGAAUGUCUCAAUUACAAGUUACAUAGUACUUUUGCAAUGAAGCCCAUGUUGCAUUUCCACUGUGAAAUGCAACACACAGGCCAUGUUGUGAUUUAUAACAUUCAUCAUUGUUUUCCGUUGCCAAAACAUGGUGAUUGGCUUUUUGACUGUUAUUCUAAACUAAAAUGCCAAUAAUAAAAAAAAAGAUUGACUAAAGCGCUUUUUCUUGCAUGCUCUUUAAAUUAGUUGAUCAUCAUUGUAUUUGCCAAUAAAAAGAACUGCACUGUU